CGCGGCGCUUCCAAUGCCAUGCCAUGCCAUGCCAUCCGACCGCCCCUUCCGCCGCGCCUAAAACCUCGACACCUCACCUCACCUCACCUCACCACCCUCUCUCUCUCUCUCUCUCUAGAACGCGCGCGCAAGAACUGCCCCAACUUCCCCCACGGACCCGACUUAAUUGCGCGCGAGCGUGCGGCGGUACUACUCGUAGUGAUUAUUAAUCGGUUGUGUUAUUAUGGGAGGAGGAAGUGGUGGCGGUGGCAGCUCGGCUGCGGGCAGACGAGGCGGCGGCGAUCUUCGUGUGGCGCGAGAAGUGAGGGAGGAGGAGGAGAAGGAGGAGAGAGGCCGGGGUGGCGGCGGCGGCGGCGGCGGCAUGAGAAGGGCCCGGGUGUGCGUCCGCGCGCCGCACGGCGCCGGCGCGCUGCUCAUCGUCGGGGGCGCGAUCGUCGGGGCCGCCGUCUUCGCGUGGUGCCGCCGCCGACGUGACGGCGGCAAGGGCGAGGGCGGCCUCAAGAACAACGGCGGGCGACCUUUAGAGGAGGAGGAGGCUUUGGAUGACGGAGUUGUCGAGGAUGAGCAGGGCGACACGCAGAAGCUUCAUCGAAUUUAUGAGAAUCUGAACAGGGACAAUAUCAUGGCUGUCAAUGGAUCGGUAACAUCGGAUGGCAAAGCAACAGAGCAGCUUUAUCAGAUUCACAAGGUUGAUGAGAUCAAUUCGUCAGAACUGGUUAGUGAAGCUGUGGAGAACUAUGAUCACAAUUCAGUCAGUCAAUGUGCUGAGAUCACUGCAGAUGGCAUGGUUAGUGAACAUGUGGAGAAAUAUGAUCACAAUUCAGACAUGGACUGUGCCGAGAUCACUACACCUGGCAUGGGGACAACAAGUGUGACAGAGAAUGACGAUAAUUCAAGCAAGAACAUCACCGAGAAUAAGAUAAUUGUACAUGACUGUAAAGGUGCAGUGAAUUCUGAUGAAAGAACUGUUAGCCUCAGCAACCUGGGCAUCGCCCAUGAGGAACAUGACAACCACAACUGUGUUGCUCAAGAUACUACGUCAACAGAGAGUGCGGCGAAUCAAGAACAAUUCUCAGAGGAGAUGAAAAUGGCAGAAAUGGCAGAAGAAAGAGAGACCACACCAAUGGCUGAAACAGUGGAAGUGAAACUGGAAGAAGAAUCGGUGAUCACUCCAAUGGUUGAAACAGAAGUGAACCCGGCCGAAGAAUCGGUGGCCACACCAAUGCCUGAAACAGCAGAAGAAUCAGAGACCACACCAAUGGCCGAAACAGCAGAAGAAUCGGACACCACACCAAUGGCCGAAACAGCAGAAGAAUCGGACACCACACCAAUGGCUGAAACAGAAGGGGUGAAACCUGCAGAAGAAACGGAGACCACACCAAUGGCAGAAGCAGCAAAAGUGAAACUGGCAGAAGAAGUGAUGAAAGAAAAUGAGUUUGAACAGAAGGAAGAGAAAGCCAAGCAAGAACCUACUGAACCGGUCAGUUCACUGGCAUACUCCUCUGUGCCAUCCUCUGUGCCAUCUCUGCUUAAGCAAACAGUGAACAAAAGGAUGGUGAAUCCUGGAUGGAAUGAGACAGGGAUGAAACUAGAGCAAGAUUCCCCCUAUGGUGAGCUGAAGGAUCAUGAGCUGACCAAAGGAGGAGCUGCAAUGGGAGGAGCUAUUUCGACCAUGGUUCGUAGGACUGAUUCUAUGGCCAUUCUUGCUCUCAUGUUUGCAGUGACCAUCGGUAUAACUAUCGUCAUGCGCCUCUAUGUUCCCCUGCAAGCAACAUGAUCUUCAAAUAAACUCAGCAUCAUGUUCGCAAAACGCAAAGGAUUUCUUCUGUUCAUCAGUGCAAAUUAUGAGCUGUAUGUAUGGAAAAUGGACGGAGUUGAAGUGCACAAGACUGUGAAAUGCCUACUUUCUACUAGUUCAUUUCCUAGCCUUGAUGCCAGGUGUAUGAUGAACUUGCAAGGCCUGGUACCAAGAUGCAAGAGAAAGAUAAGAGGUUCAGAUCAUGAGUUUCUCCCCAAGUGGUAGGCGUUCUUCUUUCGUUUUCUCUAGGGUAUGUCAUUACUUCAGUGCUGAAGAACAUCACAAAGGUUGUGAGAGGGCAACCAGCAACGCUAUGUUGAAAUUCUGAUGAACAGCAUUCAGUUUAUCUUAUCA